GCUCGAUCAAGUACCUUUGCUUUAUCCUGCUGAGAAACUGUAGUAAAGGGGCAACGUAGAUUUCAACUUGUUAAUCCACAAAAUCAACCAUGGUGUCCAAGAAAGCGAAGAAGCAACAAGACUCAAUGAACAGUCGUCUCAAGCUGGUCAUGAAGUCCGGUAAGGCCAUGCUCGGGUACAAGGCCUCCGUCAAGGCUCUGCGCAAGGGGAAGGCUAAAAUGGUCCUUGUCGCCUCGAACUGUCCGCAUUUGCGUAAAUCGGAAGUCGAGUAUUUGGCCAUGUUGGCCAAGACACAGGUACAUCACUACGCCGGCGACAACACGGCCAUGGGAACCGCUUGCGGAAAAUUCUUCAACUGCUCCGUUCUUUCCAUCACCGAUGCCGGUGACUCGGACAUCCUGACAAGUGGAACCAAGGAGUAAAGUAAACCUAGUUCCGUUGAUAAAUGCGUAUUCUUCGUGCGGAAGCUCGUCUCGUUCAUCCUAUUGCGCUGGUUGCUCUUCCAACAUCCUCGAUAGUAGGAGUAUUUUAAC